AUGUCGCUCGAUAGUCUUGAAAGCGGUCAGUCGCCAGAAAUAUCGCUGUUUUUGGGAGAGUAUGAAGGAGAACGAAAUGAGAAGGACGAACGGCAUGGGUUUGGUCGUGCUCUGCUGCCGAAUGGAGACGAGUACGAGGGAGAUUAUAAGAAUGGCAAAAGAAAUGGUAAUGGAAAAUAUACAUUCCUCAAGAGUAAAGCAAGAUACGAAGGAGAAUACAGUAACGGCCAAAAGUGUGGUCAAGGAAAAUUCUGGUAUCCUGACGGGUCAAUUUACGAGGGAACCUGGGCCGAGGGUCUAAGGAACGGUUAUGGCAAGUAUACUUAUGCAAACGGGGACGUAUAUGAAGGGAUGUGGAAAGAUGGCCGCAAACAUGGACAGGGAGAGUAUAUCUACAAGGAUAAAGGAAUUAGAUACCGGGGUAACUGGAGCGAUGGCAUAUCUAAAGACCAUGGAAAACUUAUAACCUCAAGCUUCACAUAUCAUGGGACAUUUUCCGGUGAGGAACCAGUUGGGACUGGAAAGUUUCAUUUUGAUGCGGGCUGCGAGCAGGAAGGUGAAUAUGUGACCAAGCGAAUGGUUCGAUAUACCGAUGCCUCCAGAGAAGUUUUCCACGUCCCACACUGGAAUUGCCUUUCUUUGUACAAGGCAGGGUCGAGACUCGAUAAGCCUUUGGACUAAUAAGUUCAUUCACGAUAUAUCAUGUAAAAGUCUUGACUGGUAUUUUCUGACAAUGUCUGUUGAUUCAACUCUAAGCAAAUGCACUAUU